AUGAGUGAAGGCCAAGUUAUCAUUGUCGGCGCAGGUGUCUUGGGCCUCAGCUGCGCAGUCCAGUUAUCUCGAUCAGGCCACAGCGUCACUGUCAUCGCCCGAGAUCUUCCUGGCGACUCGCACAUCGACUAUGCCUCCCCGUGGGCCGGUGCCCACUUCCGCCCCUCCCCCGCAAAAACACCCGCAGAGCAACUCGAGCAACAACUGAUGCGUGAUACCUAUAACGAGCUUGAGGUUCUGGCACAGGAGCAACCUGAAUCCGGCGUGAAGAUUGUUCCGGCAAUCGAAUACUUCGACGCUGCCCAUGCGGACUCCUUCCUCGCCACAGAAAACGGCUACGUCGACUGGCCCGAUUUUCGGAUUCUGGAAUCGGAGGAAUACCCCGCUCACCAUGAGUCUAUCCAAUUGGGUGUCACCUACCGUAGCUGGGUCUUGAACUCUCCUGUAUACUUGCAGUGGUGUCAGAGGCAGGGUGAGAAGCAGGGUGUCAGGUUCGUGCGUGCAAAUGUGACAUCUAUGGAGGAAGCGGUCUCCCUAUUCCAAGAUAAGCACCGACAGGGUGGCGCCAGCAAUAUCCGAGCUGUUGUCAAUGCGACUGGGCGGGGCUUUGAUGACCCAAACUCGUAUCCAUCGCGCGGUCAGUUCAUUAUCGUGUCCAAUCAGUGCGACAACACUAUCAGCCACCAUUGGGCAGAUGGCUCGUCGACUGUGAUCAUUCCUCGACCCUUAGGUGGAGGCACAGUCAUCGGUGGGACAAAGGAGCCUAACAAUUGGUCCGAGGACAUAUCCAGUGCUGCGACGGACACGAUCCUAAAAAGGGUCGGGCAACUCUGCCCUGAAUUAGUCAACCAGGAGACUACUGCCACAGACGAUACCCAUGGCUUUGACAUUCGCGAGGUCUAUAUCGCUCGUCGCCCGAUGCGACGAGGCGGUUUACGGUUGGAACAGGAGAAUACGAGUCAAGGAACUCCUCUGAUCCACUGCUAUGGCGCUGGUCCGAGUGGCUUCAAAAUAAGCUGGGGUGUAGCGAAGAAGGUUGAGCUCAUGGUUUCGAAUGUUCAAAUGCUUGUAAAUGACCCAGUAGACGUGUCUCCAGACUAA